AUGUUAAAUUCAGCAGGUGCAUUAAUGGCAUUAGAUGAACGUACAAGUUUUAAUUCGUCAUUGGGUGGAAUUUUACAAAGCUCAAAUUAUAUAGGUGCAUUAUCUGGAUCUAGUUGGUUAUUGGGCUCUUUAAUUUUUCAAAAUUGGUCAAGUGUAGAGAGCAUAUUGAAUAAUCCUCAGUUAGAUCUUUGGAAUUUAACAACUACAAGACAAUUGGUAAAUCAAGAUGGGCUAUGGACAAUCUUAUUUCCUGUGUUAUUUGAAAAUCUAGACUCUGCAUUAAGUCAUUUAAAUUUCUGGGAUAAUGGUGACAAAACAGGUAUUAAAUAUGAUUUACAAAAUAAAACAAAAGCAGGUUUUGAAACGUCAUUAACUGACGCUUGGUCAAGAGCACUUGCUCGUCAUUGCCAAAGAUAAUGAUGAUUAUGCUAGUGAUAAAACUUGGAGUGAUAUUAGAAAUAUAGAUGCUUUUGCAAAUCAUGAAAUGCCAUUUCCAUUAAUCACUGCAUUAGGUAGAAAACCAGGUACAGUAGUAUACAAUCUAAAUUCAACUGUUGUUGAAAUGAAUCCAUUUGAAAUUGGUAGCUUUGAUCCCUCAUUGAAUACAUUUAUGGAUAUCGAAUAUAUUGGAACUAACGUAUCAAAUGGUACACCUACUGGUGUUUGUAUUAAUGGAUUUGAUAAUGCGGGAUUUGUAAUGGGUACUUCAUCAUCAUUAUUUAAUCAGUUUCUUAAUACGUUGGUUUGUGAUGAUUGUAAUUCAUUAAACUUUGUAUUAAAAUGGGUAUUGAAACAAUUUUUAACUAGAUUAUCUUCAAAUCAUGAAGAUGUUGCUUUAUACAAACCAAAUCCAUUUUAUAAUUCACAAUAUGCAAAUUCAAACAAUAUUACAACUAGUGAUACAUUAUAUUUAAUAGAUGGUGGGAUCGGUGGAGAAAUAAUUCCAUUAUCUACAUUAAUUACAACAGAUAGAAAAUUAGAUGCAGUGUUUGCAUUUGAUUCAAGUGAUGAUCUAGAUAUUAUGUGGCCAAAUGGAACUGCAUUAGUUAAUUCUUAUGAAAGACAAUUUUCAAAUCAAGGUUCAUCAAUGGUUUGUCCAUAUAUACCAGAUCAAAAUACAUUUUUGAAUCAAAAUUUAACUGCAAAACCAACAUUUUUUGGCUGUGAUGCUAAAAACUUAACUGAUUUAACAAAAGAUGGUGUUGUACCUCCAAUUAUUAUUUAUUUUGCAAAUAGACCAUAUGAAUUUUAUUCAAAUACUUCAACUUAUGCUUUAACAUUCACAAAUGAUGAGAAAUUAGGUAUGAUUCAGAAUGGUUAUGAUAUAGCUACAAGAUUAAAUAGUACAAUUGAUGAAAAUUUUAAAACUUGUAUCGCUUGUGCGUUAAUACAAAGAGAAGAAGAGAGAAGAGGUAUUGAACAAAGUGAUCAGUGUAAAGAAUGCUUCAAAGAUUACUGUUGGGAUGGUACUAUAGCAACUAAUGAACCCUUGAAUUUGGUGAAUUUCACCGAUUCAGGUCUAACAAAUGGAUCAACUACGUUUUAUGGUGAUGCAAAUGACAAAUAUCAGUCAUCAGGACUAAGCUUAUUCAAAAGAGAAGAAACUGAAGACGUUGAAGUGUCAAUAAGCAACACUGGUGGUAAAAUGUUACCUUCCAUGAUAUCCAUAAUAUUAAUGAUUGUAAGUUCAAUGAUUAUAUAA